AUGUUGAACCCUUAUACCAAACUCCAGUCCGAUCCUCCAUCAAAACCCAGUCUGCCAUGGCGAUUUGGCUCGAGCUUAAUUAUGGGUGUCACCGGAGCGGUAUCCCGAAUCUUCUAUUAUGGUUUGAACAAUAUGGAAGUCAUUGGGCUAGAACGAUUUAUGGCAACUUUGGAAAGACGGGAGAAUCCUGAAGAUAGAGAAAGAGGCUUAAUCACUGUCUCAAAUCAUGUCAGCGUUAUGGAUGAUCCUUUGAUCUGGGGCGUACUACCUUUCAAAUACGGUUUCAAUGCCUCUAAUCACAGAUGGAGUCUUGGUAGUUAUGAUAUCUGCUUCGAGAACAAGUCAGCAAACUCACCACUCGUCUGCCACUCCGAUUAUUGACGUCUUUACAGGCUACUUUCCUCGUUCUUUACCUUGGGCCAAGUUUUACCCACUCAUCGAACCGCAUACUCAGAAAACGGCGGGCUUUUCCAGCCUACCAUCGCACAAGCUAUACGGAUGUUAUCUGCGCAGCCUUUCUCCACACGUUAUGAACCGCCAAUACAAAAGACAAAGAAGAAAAUUUCUAUGCGGCCAAAAGAUCCUGAUAUCGUCGACCCCUUCUCUUCCGGUGAUCUCACGUAUUCUACAAAUGGCAAAGAUGUCUUCCCUGCCCCCUCUGCAUACGCCUCACGAAGACAUAGUUGGAUACACAUAUUUCCUGAAGGACGAGUGCACCAACAUCCAAACAAAACGCUGCGCUAUUUCAAAUGGGGAGUGUCUCGUCUUAUCCUUGAAAGUGAACCAUUACCUGAGAUUGUUCCCAUCUUUAUCGACGGCAAUCAAGACAUCAUGCAUGAAUCGCGAGGGUUUCCACGUUUUGUGCCUCGUGUGGGGAAGAAAGUCCGUAUUGCUUUUGGAGAAUCAAUAGAUGGAGAGCGCAUAUUUGGAGAUCUACGCGCUCGUUGGCAAAAACUAGUACAAUUACAGAAGGAAGCACUAAGACAAAAGGGCUUAGAUGAUCAUAUUGAGAUGGGGGAGCUUUCAGAAGGGCUUAAGUACUAUAAAGAGGCUGUUGCGUUACGGGAGGAAGUCACGACCAGAGUUAGACAGGAAGUGCUCAAGGUAAGAAGGAGUCUAGGAUAUGAAGAUGAGGAUCCUAAGCAAGGAUUAGUACAAACUUGGAUUAAUGAAGGAAGGAGCGAUGGGAAGCAAAAGAAGGAUGGAAGUUGGGUAGGAGAAACGUGAUGAGAAAUGAUUACCUAAGAUCCCUAAUGAAUAUUGAUGAAUCUCUUCAUUCUUGCU